AUGUCGUGUUAUAGACGAUUUCAAGUGACGAGUGUGCCCCUGUUUCUGUUGUUACGGACUUUGAUGGUGGUUAGUGGGGUAGGGGGGUUCGUGGAGCAGAAGUUCGCUAUGGAGCCGCAAGAUCAGACUGCAGUCAUUGGGUCAAGAGUGACCCUGCCAUGUCGGGUCGAGAAUAAAGCAGGUCAACUGCAAUGGACGAAGGAUGACUUCGGGUUAGGUCUUCACAGAGAUCUUAGUGGUUAUGACCGAUAUAAAAUGAUCGGAAGCGAUGAAGAAGGAGACUAUUCCUUGGAUAUUCGAGACGUGACGUUGGAAGACGAUGCGAAGUAUCAGUGCCAAGUGAGCUCUGGCGCAAGAGGUGAACCUGCAAUUAGGUCACGCUACGCCCGCCUAACAGUUCUAGUACCGCCCGAACCGCCCAAAAUACUUCAAGGGAAUUUCUACUCUACCACCGAAGACAGGAUCAUCAAAUUGGAAUGCGUGUCUAUCGGUGGGAAACCGCCGGCUGAGAUAACUUGGGUGGACAGCAACGCUGGGGUUUUGACGCAGGGUGUCACUUACUCAGUGGAGCCCUUGCCAGAUGGACAGAGAUUUACGGCCAAGUCCGUAAUAAAAAUGACUCCGAAGCAAGAACACCACAACCAGUCGUUUACAUGUCAGGCGCAGAACACAGCCGACAGGGCGUACAGAGCUGCCAGUAUACAAAUUGAGGUAAAAUACGCGCCGAAAGUGAAGAUCCAGAUUAAAACAGGAAAAAGGAUACCGGAGGGAAAAGAUGUUGUUGUCUAUGCACCAACGUUCAGAAGCCGUCCAAAUGAUGUUGAAGCAGAGUUGGGGAAGCAAGUGACACUGAGCUGUGAUGUGGAUGGGUUUCCCGCUCCGGAAAUAAGAUGGCUACAUUUGCAAGAAGACACUAAUAUCAGCGUGGGUAGAACGGCAAACCUCACGUUGACAGUAGACACUCAUACAUCAGGACGAUAUUUGUGUAAAGCUACAGUCGAUGGCUAUCGGGAGAUAGAAGCUGAUGCAUCUAUAUUUAUAAAAGGUCCACCGAAGAUUGUAUCAAAUAACACGCAGUUCGGUUCCCAAGGUGACACGGUGAAUAUUCAAUGCGCUGCGUUCGCGGUUCCGAAAAUUGAUAACAUCGUUUGGACUUUCGAGGGGAAGGAGAUAGAUGGAGUACACGAUCAUGAUUAUGCGUUUCAAGAAGAUCUUCAGAUAGGCGGAAUAGUUAACUCCACACUAAUAAUACGAGAGAGUCAAUCGAAACAUUUCGGUGUAUAUCGAUGUAAUGUUUCAAACGACUAUGGGAGCGAUACUUUGGACAUUGUAUUGAGGCCUACCAAAUCGUUCCCGCUUCUUAUAAUACUAUUCGGGAUAACAUCUGGCACGAUCAUGGUAGCUGCGGUGAUAAUGAUGGUGAUAUUAUGUCAACGGAAGCAGAGAAAGAACAAGCAGGCCCAGGUGACCGAGAAACCAGAUGUCACUGUAACAGCUGAAGAAUUGUAUAAAGAGAAUGACAGAAACUCGAAUAUUAGUGAUCUGAAACUCGAAUUGCGACAAGCAAAUGGGAGCUGUGAAAUUGACUAUUCAAACACUGGCUCCGAUAGCACGUUGUGUUCAAACGCAAAGCUGGGAAGUGGAAUACCUUUGGCUGGAACUGUCCCGCUGUCUGUGAACCACACCAAUACCUUCCCCUAUAGGUAUAGCAAUGACUAUAGUGAUCCCGCAUAUUCAGAUUAUAAGAUGAAUGGUUAUUCAACAUACGUCCACUACGGCAAUGACUACACGCCUGGUUCUUUGAGAGUGCAGUCACCCACGAUGGGCAGCGAUAAGCUCACGCCGAAUAGAUCAAUAAACGGCAGUCUACCGAGAAGUAUAGACACGCCGUCAGUACAAUAUACCGCUGGGAAUGGCUCACAGAACAAUUCCUUACAACGAUCGGGCAAGCGCCAAGAUAGUUCCAACGCUUUGAAUAACUUAGGAGUGCCCAGUACUGAAGUUAAUCGAGUGCCCAACGGUGGCAUAAUUCACGGGGUUGACGUCAGAUAUGCAGCAACAUACGGCAACCCACAUUUGCGAAGUGGGCUAGGGUUCACAGUCAAUACCGCGAAACCAGCAUCCACGCCAGCACCACCACCUUACUCGUCUGUGAGGAAUUCAGUCAUACUACCAUCAGGUACCUCAUCACACUCAAUAACAUCUCCGACAAGUCUCGCAUCCCCGCAGUGCGCGACAAGCCCCAUUACAAAUUCAACGAUGUCAACUGACAGUGCGCAGCCUACUGUGGGGAUAGCGACGUCGUCGACAACCCCUCAGUCACCAAGCUCUCAUUACAUUCUCGCACCGUCGAGUAGAACUAUGACGAACACAACUGUUACCAAAAAAGGUACAAUUCAAACAGCACUAGCGACGCACGUAUAA